GGUAUCAGGCAGCAGGCGGGCGAGGCUUUAUUGGGCGGAAUAAACAAAUAUUUUACUUGAGGAAGGCUGUAUGUUGAUCUUUGCGAACGUAUAAGAUUUCUAGAGAAGGUACAGACAGCCCAUGUGAACUGAUUUAUUUUUGCUAUAGGGGUAUCGAAGCUCGUUAACCAUGGGGAAAUUAGAGAAGAAAAAGGAAGCCAAACUAAUUCACCCCAAUAGCAGAAAAGCUACUGCCUUAGUCAAGAAGAAUAUCAGAACUGCGCGACGUGAGGCGAAAAAGCAGCAGGGUCACCAGCACCUGCGGCUGCUGGCUGAGCGGCUCAUCUGGUUCAGGGACCACCUUGACACUGACAAGCGGAAGUACUCGGUGGAGGAGACCCACGAGCUUAUAGAAAGGUACAUAGCGCGCCAGGAGGCGGAGGCGUGCUCGGGCGUGCCACUCGUGUCCCAGGAGGACCUGGUGAAAGUUGACGAAAAUAUCAACAGUUUUGAGUGCGUGGACCUGACCAGCGAGGAGGCCGUGCUCUGGCUGCGGACCUGGGACGGGCAGGUGAAGCUCGUGCCGCAGGUCAAGACGCACAAGUUCAUCAGGGGACGCCUCGCGGACCCGGCCGAAAGUUCCGCCUCCAAAGAUGGCCAAGAGAUGGCAGGAGACGUUGACGAUACGCCCCCGCUUGCUGACGAGGACGAACGCAAGCGACGCUAG